CCGCAGUCGUGUUUUCACAGAAAGGUAGCCUCCCGCCGCCAAUAGUAUCUCAUCCUUAGUAAUUGUGCCCGCCCUGAGGCCUGAUGUUUCCCACGCUGUAAAGAGUUCAAACAGACGGCUGCACGGCGUCGCAAACUCAAACUUAUUAUAUUUGCCUACCAUGCCUCCCAUGGCAUUGACCGGAAUCGUCACUAAAGCCGGCUGCAUGCGCAAGACAGCCACUGUGACUGUUUCACGCCAUGUCAUCCACAAAUUAACAGGAAAACGCAUCGAACGAAGCAAAAAGAUCCUAACACAUGAUGAACAAGAAGUCCUCCGAUUGAACGAUACCGUGUUAAUACGAAACUGCCCUCCAAUAUCCGCGCGGAAGCGCUUUAAGCUGGAAAAGAUCUUGAAGAGUCCAGAGACAGAGCGGGAUUUGGCACAUAUGCAGGCUGCACAGCAGUCGUAGGGAUGUGGUGGCAGUGAAUUAAUGUGUACGUCUGCUCGCUCGCACGGACGAACUCGCUCGCCCAACGUAGUCGUGUUCCGUGAUUUUGGACCUAGUUUUCUAUGGACCAAUUUCUGGUUGACCAAAACCUCCAGAGUCUGCAUGGCAUUCUAGACCGCGUUUCGAGUCCUUGUUUAUACUCGUCAUGUAGAGGCACUCAUUCAAUAAGCAUUCGUUUCAAAUAUAUGUGCUACUGACAUGCUUUUGACUGAUCCAGCGUUUGUGCCCAAAUGAUGCAAAGCUUCACGUCUAGAGAGCCCUUGUUUCGAGGGCUCGGUGACAUCAAGGCUGGGUUACUCGAGCUGGUACACUUCACACAUGGGAAGGAACCGCUUCUGGGCCUGGUCAAGAACGGAAAGCUGAUGGGCUAUCAAUAUAACGUAUAUGAUAGGGUUUAUAUUUAUGCAGUAGUAACAUGUUUGUAACCAUGAUAUACUCCAGCA